AUGUAAUAACCUGUGGAAGAAAUAGAUUAAUUUAUACUCAGCUUUAACAACUAAACAAAUAAUUGUUAACUUUAAGCCAAUCUAAAUCAAGACUAACUUCUUGCAUAAAAUGCUAGACUUUUACAACAAUUAUAAGAAUAAUAAAGAAUGCUUAAUUUGUAAAGUUUUUUUACAUAGAACAUGUUUCAAAAUCAAUGUCUUAAUUAGUAAAUGAAUCAAAACACUAAAAAGAUUAAGAAAGCUAAAUCUACUUUAUAACAUAUUCAAUCUAAUGCUAGUUUACGAGAUUAACCACCUUAAAUCUAGGAAAUUAAAGGAAAUGUUAAAAAUGCUUACAUUAAGAAAAUCACAUCCUUAUUGAGUGUUGAAGGAGAUAAAUUGCUUGAUGAGGAAUUACAAGAAGAUUUAUAAGAGGAUAGUUCCUCUGAGGAAAUAUCUAAUCAUAAAAAAUGUAAAUUAGCAGGAUUGUUAGGCUCAGCAAAUGAUUUAAUGAAUGAAGAAUGCAAAAAUUAACGUUUAAGAUAGAGUGCUAAGAAAUCAAGAUUAAGAAAGAAGGUUUAUUUAAAAUUACUUGAGAAAAAAGUAUAGAAUUUUAUAAAUUUAGGUUUCUGAUCUGGAUUAGAAAAUACAAGAAUACAAAGAGACCACAAAAUAGUCAUUUGAAUAUCUAACUUAGUUAUUGACAUCACAUCCUAUACUUAAUAGCAUGAUUAUUGGAAGUUCUAAUGCUAUUGAUCAGAUUAUGUAAUGUAAUCAAUCUGAGUAAGCAUAAUUGCUAAUCGAUUCUUAUAUGGUAAUCUUUUAAAGAAAAUAUAGUUUAGAUGCGAUAUGGUACUUCUGGUAUUAAGAGAAAAGAUUAUAUCAAAUACGCAAUCAAAAAUAUCCAGAAAAAUUUUUUGAAAGGAAAUUACGGAUUAUUAUUGAUUAGUACAAGUAAUGAAGUGAACAAUUGUAAUUCAAAACUGUUAUUUAUUUAGAUGAUCAAGAAUUCAAUAAUUAUGUUGAGAUUGUUAAAAAAUAUACUAAAUUGGAAGAUAAUAAUUUAGUAUAUAAAGUACUCCCUAUUAUAGAUAAAUUAUUGAAUCAUCGUAAAAUGUCUUAAAAGUUUAUUUUCAUUUCAAUAUUUAGGUAUUUACUCCAAUUGAAUCAAGAAAUCAAGAGUUUGAAAUUAAUUUAAUAAGAUGUAGAUGAGACUUUAUGUUAAUUCACACAAUCUUUAACAUCUAUGCAAUUGCUGGAAUUUAUCAAAGGAGUAGAGCGAUCACGUAAUUUUAAUAGAUCUCUAUUUUGA